AUGGAUAAGUUUGAUAGACAGCUUCGUCUGUGGGGAAAGCAUGGCCAGCUCGAGCUUUCUAAAGCUCACAUAUGCAUUAUCGGUAAUACGUUGCUUGCGAGUGAGAUCUUGAAGAAUUUAGUUUUGCCUGGGGCGACGAAAUUUCAUUUGAUCAAAGAAACAAGCUAUGUUAAGUCCGACUGCUUUCUCGACGUUGAAGACCUAAAAAGUAUUAAUGAGCAUGCAGAGUUCAACGAGGAAACCUGGAAUGCUCAUCUGAUGGGGAAUCAGGAAUAUUGGCGGUACUUCGAUCUCAUAAUCCUUACUACGAGGGAUGUGUCGGUGAUUGAAAGUAUAAGAUGCCUCCCGAUGCCUCCCAUGCUGGCUUGUAACUGGCGUGAAUAUCACGGGUACGCUUGUUUUGUAUCACAGGAGCCUCAUUUUGUAACUGAAUGCCAUCGGCAGCACAAGUCUCCAGAUUUGAGAAUAGACAAGCCGCCGCAGCCUUUACUCAACUUUUACGAAAGCAUAAAGCCCAGCCAGCUGAGCCAAGAACAGCUUAACGAUUUGCCUUUUGCUGUGAUAAUCUACCACGCUUUGAAAUCGCUCAAGGAAAAUUGCACAAAGAUUGACCGCUCUUCUCUCCGAAUUGAAAUCCGAAGACUGCAUGAGAAAACGCUACCUGGCCCCGAAUGCCUCAAUUUCAUAGAAGCAGAGCGCUAUCUUUACCUGGGGCUGCAAGAUUCAGAGAUAAUUCCAGACAAUCUGCUCAAAUGCUUCAGCCUUGCGUCUUCUGAGUGUGUUGUUCCUUUCAAUUCAAUGUUCACGGACAUGAUUUCGUCGCUAAAGGAUUAUCUCAAGCACCCUUCUAGUGAGCAUCAGCUUCCAUUAUCAGGGCUGAUUCCGGAUAUGGAGUCUAGCUCCGAGAUGUACAAUGCUAUUCAGGAAGCCUAUCUGCGAUGUGCUUCUAAGAAUCUGAACACAUUUGCAGAUAUAGUCACCUCGCAUAAUGCUAGUGUCCCCUUAAGUCAAAUAAAAAACUUCUGCAGUAAUGUCCAAAAUGUAAGAGGUGUGGUGCCAGCAAGUCACAUUCCCACAGAACAAGAUUGCCGGACUGUCAAACAAAUAACUCCUGCAGCAGCAGCUAUUUUAAGGAAAUUGGUAAAAUCAAAACAUGAGUUAGAGACGAUUAGACCAUCGUUUGUCGAAAGCCGAGAUGAGCUUCGAUACUAUCCAACAUGUUCAUUAUUGGCAGGUAUAGUAGCACAAGAAGCUGUAAAAAUUUUAACCCAUCAAUUCGUUCCGCUGGAAAACACCUUGAUUUAUGAUGGGAAGGCUGGCCAAGUAUAUAGAGUAAAACUAUAA